AUGCCCGGGAGGGAGGACUCCGGGGUCGUUCCCAACGUUACGAACUGCUCCGCAUCAAUGCAAAUACCAACAUUGUUUGAACACCCCACUGGGCAUCAGCUUCUGUGGACCCCUGGGAGCUGUCAAGUGGAAGGUUUGGCGUGGGUUUGGCCGGCCAAGCUCCCGAGCGCGGACCAGAACAGGGACAGGGAUUCAGCUCACUAA